GGAACCGGAAAACACAUGGAUUAGUGUGUUUACAUCUCCUAUCAGCCUGGGUGCAACCGGCAUCGCUGUGCUGUGUUGUGUUCAAAAUAGAUUCUUGCUAUUUGUAUAUAGAGGUUGUUGCUGCCUGGGGUACAACGUAUCUUAUAAUAGGAGGCCCGUUUUACUUCCUUUGCUGAGGACUAGGGGGUUGUUAUUGCAGACCACAGAUAUGUCACUGCGCUAGGCCACCCACCAUCCGUGGAAGUGGGACAAGGGAACAGAUGGCGCAUCCAGGCUGCAGACUCUAAGGGAUAGAAGAGCACUGACGAUGAGUAAUAGUGAUUAAGAUAAAAGCCUGCCGUUGGCUGUUGCAUAUCUUUUGCAGACUUGGGGAUGCUAGAGCGACUUGCAUAAGGGUGGGUAACAAGAAGCAUCGUAGAUUUAUCAUAUUGAUCCGCGACGACUCGACCACUGACAACUUAACCCAUACAGACGUGUCCCUGGCUCAGGGAACAAUGGUUGACAACCGCUAUGCCACAGCUCUGGUCAUCGCCUGUGUGCUGAGCAUACUGGCCACUGUGUACCUUUCAGUGGCCAUCGGGACGCAGCACUGGUACCAGUACAGCAGCCCCGCCGUGCGCGGAGAGGCAAACGUGUCAGAGCUGCGCUCCCUCUACGAGGAGUUCAUUGCCGGGGACUUUGAUGAGAAAACCUACAGCGAUACCCUAUUCCGCCUCAACGGGACUGUGGGCCUCUGGUGGCGGUGUGUGCUGGUUCCAGAAAACGGCCACUGGGACAAGGAGUCAGAAGUCAAGAUGGUGCUGGAGUGUCGAAGCUUCACUCUACCUCAGCAGUUCACUCCCAAAUACAAAGAACCAGGAAACCACAACAGUGGAGAGGACCUGCUGCGCACCUACCUGUGGAGGUGCCAGUUUCUGCUGCCGCUGGUGUCCCUGGGUCUGGUGGUGUUUGCAGGCCUAACUGCAUUCUGUGCCUGCCUUUGCCGAAGCCUCACCCCCACCCUUGGAAUAGGAGUACUUCAUCUGCUGGCUGGUCUCUGCACCUUAGCUACAGUGUGCUGCUACCUAGCAGGGAUGGACCUGCUCCACAGGGUGUCUAUGCUUCCAGAUAAGGUGGAUGGCUCUCUGGGCUGGUCCCUCUACUUGGCUCUCAUUUCCUCGCCACUGCACAUGAUGGCUGCUGCACUGCUGGUGUGGGCAGCACGCAGCCACAGUCAGCACUACUACCGUAUGACCGCCUACCGGGUGGCAUAGACUCUGCCCUGUUUGAAAUAAUGCGCUACUCUGACACCAAGAUGCAUUUUAUAAUGAUCUCUGUGGAACAGGAUGUGGGUUACUCUGUGUAUUUUGUCCUGUAAAGGAUUAAAAUAUGUAUAGUGCAGCAUAUGCUUGGAUCACUUCUCACCAGGUUGAAAAGCAUUAGCUGUGACCCCGUUUCAUACUACACAUUCAUUCAGUCCAGGUCCUGAAUACAUAGUGCAUUUACCUUGGACAAUUGUACUUUAUUUUUAUACCAUGGAAAACAUUUCUGUAGCUAAUGAUUAGACUCACCAAGUUAAAUUAGACAUUACAGUAAGUAAUGAAGCAACAUCACUUAGACAGGGCAAGAAAGAUGUGUAUUCAAUGUGAUCAGGCACGUUUUAAAUUAAUCACUGGUUUAGACAAACUUAUUUGGGUGAGAACAUGAAGGCAGACAAUUAAAUUAUGUUCAAGUUUGACCUCUUGCGCUUAACUGCAGAGAGGGACACUUUUUGUAUGUGCUCUCUAUCAGUUUUACCUCAAAGAGCUCGUUUCUCACCCUCAGAUUUGAUCAUAUGGAUGUUGCUUUGUACUUAUUGUUCCUUGUGAUCACAGUAGAAGUAGUAUGACUGUGCACACAUCGCAUACACAUCGCAUUUUUAGUAUUUAGAGUUUUAGUAUCCAAUAGAAAUGAUGUCCAAAACAACCUCACCUUGAUCCACUUUGUAAUAAACAGGAAUUAUCAUUUUAAAUGUUAGCGUGCCUACAAAAUUGGCCAAAUGUCAGA